AUGCAUUGCACGAGACUCAUUGUCCGGAACGUCUCUCCAUCCCUCAAACCAAAACAACGAUCGCCCAUCCGCACGGUCCAGAUCUCCACCUCCACACACCCUCUCUCCACCCCGAACCCAACCACAGACUCCGACCAGCUCGCCUACCGACUAUGCGAGCUCUCCCUACAAAAAAUCCAAAAAGAGGCGCGGGCGUCCGAGCCUGACCUCAGACAUGUGCUGGCCUGCACCUCGAUGCAGCGCCUGGCCCAACAAGAUCUGCUCCACCGGCUCGAUAAUUUGCAACAAGAGAUGCCGGUACAAGCGCUGCCUUUACUACCAGGCGCUGACGAACCGCUGAUGCCGGAUGAGGAUGCUUGGAAUAUGCGAUCGUUGGAAGAGGCCGUGUCGGAGUUGGAAAGAGCUAGUCGGAAGGGGGAAAUUGCGCGAUAUAUAUGUUUUCAGCAGAUUCAAGAAAUGUGA